AUGAAAAUCAUACAACAAAUCGUCGUCAGUACUGGAAUUGGACCCCAGGCUAUAAUCGCCGGUUUAAGGUUACUUAGCUUAGAGGACGAGUCGUUCGGAACGAUACCAUAUUUGGGUACUUUUCUAACUGAUAUAACAAUGAUUAACACACGGUAUCCGAGUUAUACCCAGUGUUUGUCUGCAUUUCGAUUACUUAAAGCUCUUCACAACGGUUGUUAUGCUCUAGAAUUACGUCUAGGUUAA